UGGAAUAACAUGAGUAACAAGACUAACAGGCUACUAUACAUUAUACAAUUUGUUUUCUUAAACCUUUUGUUAAAAACGUAUUAAUUAAUUUACUAUUAUAGGGUGAAAAUCUACACUGUAUGAUUAAUCGCGGUUUUUAGAAAGGAUAGUUAUUUGUGAUUUAGACAGUACAACACAUUACAAUGAGAUUAUUUCUUAGCCUGUUGUGUGCAACAGUAAUACUCCACUGUUCCUAUGCUCCUCCUGUGACUCCCGAUAAGUCUGAUGAAAAAGACAGCGAGAUUAAAGAUGAUCUGGAGGAGUACAUGGAAUACCACCGCUACUUGAAAGAAGUUGUGCAGGCUCUGGAGAGUGACCCUGACUUUAGGGAGCGCUUGGAAAAGGCCGAUCAAGAGGAUGUACGAUCGGGUAAGAUAGCAGAGCAGCUGGACUUCGUGAACCACAAUGUAAGGAGCAAGCUAGACGAGAUCAAGCGGCGCGAGCUAGAGAGGCUGCGGCAUUUGGCCACGAAGCAAUACGAGUUAACAAAUCACCUGGACACGGACAUGGGAAAAGUACCUACCAACGAGCACUUGGACCACAAUAACCCUCACACCUUCGAGAUUGAGGAUCUAAAGAAACUCAUCAAGAAGACCACAGCUGACUUGGAAGCGGCAGACAAGGAAAGAAAGAAACAGUUUAAGGAAUACGAAAUGCAGAAGGAAUUUGAGAAGCAUCAAAAAUUGGAAUCGUUAGAUGAUACUCAAAAGAAAGAGUACUUAGAAAAAGAAAAGCAUGAGGAAGAUGCAAAGAAACACCAUCAACCGCUGCGACACCCUGCGACCAGAGAACAGUUGUUAGACUUGUGGAAAACCGCCGAUAAUAUGGACCCGAAAGACUUCGACCCAAAAGUGUUUUUCAUGAUGCACGACGUUGAUGGCAACGGCGUGUGGGACGCGGACGAGGUGAAGGCACUGUUCAUCAAGGAGCUAGACAAGAUGUACGGGCCGGGCGGGCCCAACAAGGACCUGCGCGAGCGCGCCGAGGAGAUGGAGCGCAUGCGCGAGCACGUGUUCCACGAGAAUGACCGCAACCGCGACGGGCUCAUUGAUUUCCAAGAGUUCAUGCUCGAGACGCAGCGCGCGGAGUUCAACCGGGACGAGGGCUGGAAACCGAUUGAAGAGAACCAGAUUUACACGCAGCAGGAAUAUGAGGAGUUUGAGAGGAGGCGACUGGAUGAACUGAAAUAUCUGCAACAGCGAGGCUUGAUUGACGCCCACGGUCGGCCGGUGCCGGGAGCCCACCACCAGCUUCAACAGUAUCAGCAGCAACAGUUCGCGGCGCAGCAACAAGCCUACCACCAGGCUCAACAACAGGGCUACCACCACCCGGCCGGCCAGCCGCAGUACCAGCAACCACCACAACAAUUCCAGGGCCAACAACCUCCCCACGGGCAGUUCCAAGGUCAACAACCACCUCAGGGACAAUUCCAGGGAUACCAAGGCCAGCAACCACCGCAGGGACAAUUCCAACCACCUCAGGGACAGUACCAGGGUCAACAACCGCCGCAGGGACAGUACCAAGCUCAACAACCUCAGGGACAGUUCCAACCUCAACAACCACCGCAGGGACAGUUCCAAGCGCAGCAACCGCCUCAGGGACAGUUCCAAGCCCAACAACCUCCUCAGGGACAGUUCCAAGCCCAACAACCUCCUCAGGGACAGUUCCAAGCCCAACCACCACCGCAGGGACAGGUCCAAGGCCAGCAGCCUCCACAAAACCAGGGCCAGCAACCCCCCCAACAGUAUCAAGCUAAGCCGGAACAAGCUCAGUUCCAGCAGCAACCGCCAGCUCAGCAACACCAGAAUGUUAAUGUGAACCAGCAGCCAGCCGCGCCCCCGGCGCAGGGCCAAGCGCCGGCCGCACACGUAGACAACCCUAAAUAACUUUAAAUCUCCACGUUAAUGUAAUACAAUACAUACUACUUUUAAAUUGUCCGCUUCGGGUAUAUUGUAUUCCGCGGAUUACCGCACACUAGUCGGAUUUUCUUUUAUUUUUAUUUCCAAAAUUUAUUGAAGUGAGAGGUCUCAAAUUACGAGCAACGAUAACGCUCGACAAUGAAGUUAGUGCGUUAUGUAUGGGGCCGUACAGCAUAAUCUAGUUUAGCUGUCUAACCCAUAACCUUGUGCGUCUUGUUAUUCUUCUGCCUGGUUGGUGUGUACAAAGAUGUGUUUUCCUGUAAUGUAUGGUAUUCCUUUUACAUGCAAACGCCUUCUGCAGCUCAAAAAGGAAAGUUGCCGAAGAGCACAACGUAAAUCGUAGUAUAGUAUCCUGAAGCGAAAGCUACUGAAUGUGUCUCAUGAACUGUUUCGUCCCAAAAUUUGUUUUCGUUCACGUACUGUGCCGAAUAAGUGUCAGUUGUUUGAAAUGACAUUACAUAUUUGUAAUAGUUUAUGAUAAACGCUUUGAAAUAUAAAUUGUUAUGGCAUAA